CGAAAGUUGUUUACCAAACUGUAAAAUCGGGUUGUGUGAGUAGAAAACGUGAUUUGCAGUAAUGAAGACCCCACAAAACUCUUUAAACGCCACCUUUCAGGACGAUAAAGAAAUACAGGAUUUGUUAAAACAGCUUGAGGACGCCAAAACCGAACUACAGCUUACUAAUGAUGAGGUGGAGCGAGUAAACAAAGACGUUAACAAAUGCAGAGAAGAGCUUGACCAGAGGAUGAUGAUGAUGGUCCAGAAGGACGAAGGCCUGUGUAAUUCACUACUUGAACUGGAUGCCAUCAUGCAGGAGAAGAAAAGUCUCACUAGUCAGUUGGAAGAAUUUACUUUGUCUGGGACUAUCGAGUCAAAGCAAGCUCUUCUGAGGAGUUUGCAGGAAGAGGAAAGCAGUCUGCUGGAGCAGGAGUGUAAUCUGAAGCUCAAGCUUGAGCAGCUGAAGAAAGCGGUUGAUGCGUAUUCAAACUUAGAAGAAGGUUCACAGGUAAAUUCAGUGAAACCGGGCUUAUCUAGCAAGAGUAAGACUACUGACAAGACUGUGAGAAAAAGAGGAGCACGCAAGUGAACACAACAGAAAAAGAACAUAUUUAUUUUUAGUAAAAU